CAGCAGGCAUCCAGCCACGUGCCAACGUAAGCACAUCUUUAUCCAGCUCGUCCACUGCCUCUCAUCUGUAAACUUCACGGACGCAUCAACCGCCCUAAGGUAGUGAGGGCCUUCAGUGACCUGAGCUCUGCUAUCUUCAUUCAACAAACCUGCUUUGUCACGACUCCAUCGUUCCUUGGAGGUAUCCCGACUUGGCUCUUGUUAUCUCGAGAUGUUCUUCUCCCAGUUCCGUCUAUGUCAUGUCGUCGCUCUAGUUCUAGCGACGUCGUGCAAUGUAACAUGGGCGAAGGAGCAAGUUCCUCUGAACACAAAACACAACUCACCCCAACCUCUUCGACAGUACUCCUGGGUCCGCAGCUUUGCUUCUAUUGGAGAUUCUUACGCAGCAGGCCUGGGUGCCGGUAACCGUAUCGACUGGUCCUGCUCUCGCUAUGAUCAUUCGUACCCUUCGCUCUUGAAUUCGAACGGCUUCCUCGGAGAAAAUCCGAAUCGAACUCAUCAGUAUCUCGCCUGCUCGGGGGCUACCUCCGAAGAGGUCUUGGUAAAGCAGGCAUCAGCCCUUGACGACGACCUGGACGUCAUUACGGUCUCUGCAGGUGGCAAUGACGUCGGCCUGAGCAUUAUCAUGAACCAGUGCAUUUACCAAUUCUUCAUGUCGAAGACCGACGCCUGCGAAGACGCUCUAAACGAAACAUGGUCGAAGAUCGAGAACGACUUGUCCGGCAACCUCACUGCGCUCUUGGACGUGCUGAAACCUAAAUUAAACAAGGGCCACGGCAAGAUCUACUACACUGGAUAUGCCAGAUUCUUUGCCACCGACGAUGAAAUCUGCGAUAAUGUCACUUGGGCUGUUUGGAGCUACGAAAGCCAAUCCGCCAAGCAAUUUCUAACCCUAGAGCGCCGCAAGAUCAUGAACGAUAUGGUCCAGGCAGUGAACAAGAAGAUCGAGGAGGCCGUCCAUAAAGCCGGUGAUCAGGUCAUAUUCGUUGAUUACGAUAGCUUUGUGGCAGAGAACAAGGGUCGAUUCUGCGAAGCUGGAGUCAUAGAACCAGACCCGAACCGCAAUGGUCUGUGUUUCUACGAGUGGAAGACAGUUGACACAGGCGAUAACAGCACAGCGCUACAUCACGCUGGAGACGACGUUCCAAAGGGGUCCUUCGAGAGUGACAUUGUCGAGUGGACGAACAAAACGUUACAAGAGCAUCCGGAUUGGAAAUUUGGUCCAGACGAGGAAGUCGAACUCGAUGCGGAUAAAAAGGGAGGAAGACAAGUGAUAGGAGAUACCGUCAGCUGGCUCCUUCCGGAUUUCUGGAAACGCGUAUUCCAUCUUCGACCAGCCGGGCAUCUGCUCAUUGCUCACCUUCUGAUGAGCAAGCUAGCGGAGACUGCGUCGAAGAUCUCAGCGUCAGAGACAGUUGAAGGCUACGCUUCUAGAGAUGACUGAGCUAUCGUGACCCAAGAUUUCGCUCAAAAUGUCUCAUUGCUCCGAGAGAAAGAUUGAUUCGGACUAACUUCGAACGCUUCCAUGUUUCUAGG